ACAACCAUGAGGGUAGCGCUCCUGCUGAGCUGCGUGGUGCUGGCGCUGGCGGUGCUCACGCAUGCGCGGAACCUGCGUGAGAAGCGAGACGCUGACCUAGAGGCCGCCGCCUCCGGACAUCACCACGAAAAGGGUGGUGGCAAGGAACACCACCAUCACCACCAUCAUCACCACGAAGGCCACGGGCACAAAGGAUACAAGGGACACCAUCACCACGAACAUGGAAAGAAAGGACACCAUCACCAUGAAGGACAUAAGGGCCACCACGAUGAACAUGGCGGACACAAGAAGCACCACCACCACGACGAUGGCCACUACGAUGAACACCACCACGGAGAAAAAGGAGAGAAAGGUCACGGAUUUGAAGAAAAGGGACACUAUCACAAAGGUCACUCCACAAAAGGACAUCACGGUGUUCACAAGCUAGACGAGUUCAAGAAGGACAAGCACUUCCACCACAAGCACGGCGAGAAGGGCUUCGACGAGGGAUACGGCGGCCACCAUCACGAGCACGGUCACAAGAAGGGAGGACACUUCGACCAUGGACACAAGCACCAUGGUCACCACGAUCACCACCACGGCAAGAAGGGCCACCACGAGGAGGGAGGCCACCACCACGAACACAAGGGCCACCAUGACGAGGGCGGACACCACGAGCACCACCACCAUCACCAUGGACACGGGAAAAAGGGUGGACAUGAAGACCACAAGAAGUGGGGCUUUAAAAAAGGACAUUAAAAAUGAUGUAGUCCUCUAAUAAUG